UAAACAUAUCCAAUUCAGUGUACUUUCUCCACAAGAGAUCGUCAAAAAUGCACAACUAGCUAUUACUCAUCGCGAUCUUUUCAAUGAAAAUCGGGCCCCAAUGGAAAAUGGUGUCUUAGAUACGCGCUUGGGAACCUCAGAUCAUGACAUAUACUGCGAAACAUGUGGUGAAAGAAUGGCACAGUGUAUUGGACAUUUCGGUUAUGUCAAGCUAGUUUUACCCGUAUUUCACAUUGGCUAUUUUAAAGCUGUUAUUAAUACACUACAAAAUAUCUGCAAGGCAAUUAUUCUAUAUAUUAUUAAUAAUGCGAAUUCUGCUCAGAAAGAAGAUGAUCGACGAGCGUAUCUAAAACGAAUAAGAAGUUCAAAAGAGUCUUCAGCACGUUCUAAAAUCGAAAAAGCUAUAAAUGCCUUAUGUAAAAAAACUGUUGAAUGCCCAUAUUGUAAAGCUAUUAAUGGAUCAGUAAAAAAA